AUGGGAGAUAUUGAUGUUUCUGAACCAAUAGAAGUUAAAUGUGAAAUUAUUGAGAUCUCGGACGAGGAUGAUCCUCCACAAAAAAAAAAACGAAAACGGACAGUACAAAAGAAGCCCCAGGCUUGUCCGACAUGCGGCAAAGUGUUCCUCACAGGUUACGAAUUGAGAAAACACAAUAGAACACACACAGGGGAACGCCCAUACAUGUGUUCCCUGUGUGGAAAGACAUACACACAGCCCGGACAUUUGAGCAUCCACGCGCUAUCACACACAGGAGUUAAGAACUUCAAUUGCACAGAAUGUGGGGCAGCAUUUUAUAGGAAAGCAGAUUUGGACAGACAUGAGAAAAUUCAUACUGGUGUGAAGCCGUACCAAUGCGAAAUUUGUGCAAAGAGCUUCACGCAGAAGAAUAAUAUGUUGAUGCAUUAUAAGACACAUGUGGGGGACAAACCCCACGAGUGUGUGGUGUGUGGGAAACGGUUUAUAACUAAGAGUAAGUUGACGUUGCAUUCGAGGAAACACGAUAAAGAUAAAAAGAGAAAAAACGAUUAUUUAUAG